UCAUUCAUAUGGGAGCUGAGGGAGAGGACAGCUCUGACUGUUUCCAAGGAUUUCAUAAUUUUUUAAUGGAUUUACUAUCCAGGAAAACGCGCUGUUGAUUCCAAUAACAUCGGCGGAGUAAAGCGGAUCAUCGAUAUGACGGAGGAGCAAAAAUCUCCGGAUGGGAACGGCAAGGUUAGUCGGGUCAUCCGGAUCGGAACCCGCAAAAGCCAGCUGGCGUGCAUCCAGACGGACAGUGUGGCGGAGAAGCUGAAACAACUGUACCCUGACCUCCACUUGGAAAUAAUUGGCAUGACAACGACAGGAGACAAAAUCCUUGACACAGCUUUAUCAAAGAUUGGAGAGAAGAGUUUGUUCACCAAAGAGCUGGAGAACGCUCUGGAGAGGAACGAGGUCGAUCUGGUCGUUCACUCGCUGAAAGAUCUUCCCACCACUCUGCCUCCAGGAUUCACUAUAGGAGCUGUGCUGAAGAGAGAAAACCCCCACGAUGCCGUGGUCCUACAUCCAAAAAACACAGGGAAAACUCUGGACACUCUGCCGGAGAACAGCGUGAUCGGCACCAGCUCGCUGCGCCGCGCUGCUCAGCUGAAGAAGAGAUUCCCACACCUGGAGUUCAAGGAUAUUCGUGGGAACCUGAACACUCGUCUGAAGAAGCUGGAUGAGAAGGCGGACUACGCCGCCAUCAUCCUGGCUGCUGCCGGCCUCAGGAGAAUGGGCUGGGAGAACCGGAUCAGCCAGAUCCUGGAGCCUGAAGACUGCAUGUACGCUGUUGGACAGGGGGCUCUGGCAGUGGAGGUUCGGGCCAGAGAUGCAGACAUCCUGGAGAUGGUGUCCGUCCUCCAUGACUCUGAAACCGUGCUGCGCUGCAUAGCUGAGAGAGCCUUCCUCAGACAACUGGAGGGUGGGUGCAGCGUUCCUGUGGCUGUCCACACUGAAGUGAAAGACACCCAGCUCUACCUGACGGGCGCCGUGUACAGCCUGGACGGAUCCGACAGCCUGAAGGAGACCAUGCAGACCAGCAUUGCUGCUGAUGACAAGAGCUUAGAGCAGGUGGACGAGCCUGUCCAGAGAGUGGGAGUCACAGCCAGCAAGAUCUCGGGUGAAGCCCAGGACAGAGCUGAGCGGCUGGGGGUCGACCUGGCCAACUUACUGCUGAGCAAAGGAGCCAAGGAGAUCCUGACGGUGGCCAGGCAGCUCAACGACGCCAGAUAAUCCUGCUCUGCCGGGGGGGGCGGGGGGCGGGGCUACAGAGGUCUUGGCCUUGCGUCAAGUAAAAACUUGCCUUUUUUUUUUCAUGUUAUAUUACACAUUUGGUGAGCUCAGUCAACAGCACAGAGGUGGUUGAGGAUUUCAAACGCUUCUUGGACCAAUGUUGUGCUCAGUCUGGUUCAACGCUGCUCAGCUGACCGUCAUUAUCAGCUGCUUCAGAAUCACUGCAGCUCUCCUGGUCCUGGUUCCCGCCUGCUCUUACCUCAUGGAACCAGCUCCUGAGCUGUGUAGAAACAGCCUUACUGGGAUUAUCAGUGGGAAACACAAAAUGGCCUUUAAACGCUGUCGUCAGCACUUAGAGCGCCGUCGCUGGCUGAUAUCCUCAUGGUGAAACCCUUUUUGUUUUUGUUUUUUUUAAAGCGCAUCUGUGUCUCAGUAAAUGGUAUGCCACUAAAAUUCAGCAUUCUCAAAUAUUUUUUCCUCAAGGAUGUUUCAUCAGUGUCCAAUAAUUGUUUAGCAGAUAAAAAAAAAAAAAGGAGAAGUUGAAGCAGAAUUCCUCUUGUAGCUUUUAGCUGCUUUCUCUUUUGGAAAGCUGAGUUUUGAUGGUACCAAAGACGAGUUUCCAAGUGCGCUGCCGCCGCAGUGAAGUGGAGCUUAUUAAGAUGUGAAAGUUGACAAAUGUAAAUAUAAAUGUAAAUUCAUUCAUCAGCUCUAAACUCACAAAUCACAACUUUAUCCUUUGGUUUGUUGGUUUUAUUAUGUUGGCGUAUUUUCUGCAGAAUCUUUAUUAAGCUCAUGUUGAAUGUCACAUUUUCAGCUGAUGUUUAAGAGUGUACCAGCUACCUCUUCUACAGAGACGGAGAGUUUAUUUAAUAUGCACGAUCACAAGCUGUAGGGAGCGUUUGUUUUACUCCACCUGUGGAGCAGCUUUGUACUGAGAGUUUCACUAAACGACUGGAGAACACUUGUUUAACACUGGAGCUAUCGACCCGCGGCGUCUGCUGUUCAGCUUUCUGCUCUGAUUUUUAAAAAAGUGCACUGGGCAGUUUGUUCUGUUGAUGCUUUGCUGAUGUGUCCUGCAGCACCACGCUGGGCAUCAACCGUCAGCUGAUGAGUUUUAAAUAAAGUGUAAAUGCUACAGUUGUGGUUAUACAGUCGUGUGAUGGACUUUUUAAAAAGGUGAAGAAGAGGCUUUCAUGUUCAAAUUGCUGCUGAUUUUGCGACUCAGAAAGCAGCAGAACAAACCCUAUCUAACUGAAAAUAAUACAGAUAAUUACUUUAAACCAUAACAGUAUUUUACAGCUGUAUUGCCACACUCUGUACACUGAUUUACAUCUUGAGUAAAUGGCCGUUAUAGACUCAUUCAUGCUGAUGGCACUAUGUUGUGCUGUAAUCACGUUAAAUUCACCAAACACAAAUUAGAAGCCUUCUCUCAUAAUUAUGGCUCCUGUAAUUUUGACUUAGAAUCUCAUGCUGAUAAUUAAUAAUCAUAAAACUCAAAUAUUGAACCUGUAUCUUCAUAACUACAAGAUCUUUGGUGAAUGCACUGUUCAAGAUUUUAGCAGGUUCUCUCUAUAAUUAGUGGAAGAAAAACAAAUGAAAACCAUUUGCUGUAAUGUAAAGAUGCUGUACUCCACAUAUCACAACUUAAGUGUUUCCAAAAGCAAUAGAUUUUCAAACUUGUUGACCUUUAUAAUAAGUUGCCUAAUGAAUUAAACGUAUGUCUGAAAUGCCAUUUGUCUUUCUAUAGUUUCUAUCAAAGUGCCACCUCAGUACAUGUGAACUGUGUCUGCCUUAAAUAAAACUGUCUGUUCUUUGGAAAUCACAGUGUAUCAUCAGUAAACCCACUGUACAGCCAGUGUGUUUUUAUUUUAUAGCUCUUUAUUGUGUAUUAUACUUAAUUUAAACCUCUUAAACCUCCUGAGACAAUGUGAGGUAACAUUUGCCAUAUUUGUAUUUCAGCUUUAAUUUCUGUAUGAGUUAACAUAGUGUUUCUCUAUUUAGAUUCUUUGUUACAGAACCUGUGAAGGUCAGGUCAAAUUACAAACUCCGAUGUCAUGGAACAAAUGUCAAUAAACGUA